AUCAUGGAAGGUGUUUUCAAAGUAAAUGAGCGUUUCCGCUAUUUAUUUUUAAUGUAUGAGAUCAACACAACAUUGGGGUCAUGGAAGUUAUUAUGCUUCUGUCAAUUCAUGACGCGUUAUUUUUGAGUCUUUUAACAUCAAACACUGUCAGUAAUUACUUUGUUUUAGGUGCUGUGCAACUGACUGGUGGAACUAAUCGUUUUAAUGGGCGAGUACAAGCUUUUGAAAACGGAAAAUGGUAUAACCUAUGCAAUGAUAACUGGACAAACAAAAAUUUGGAAGUGACAUGCCGGCAACUUGGAACAAGCGGAAAAGAAAACGGAAACGAAGCUAACCCUAAUGCUUAUUAUUUUACUGUGGACUUCCAAUGUGGAGGCACUGAAGAAUAUCUUUUCAAAUGCACGUACAGCAAUUAUCGUUCAUGCUCAUCUAACGCAAUAGUCGUGGUGACAUGUGUAAUUCCAGUAUCCCCUCGAAAUGGAAGGUGUGAUAUAGACUUACAAGAGACCUGUGGUACCACAUUGACCUGUCAGGAUGUUAAUGGAUUCGGGAGAUGUAUCUGUGGUAAUGAUUCAUUCUGGGACGAAAACACAAACAAAUGUGAAAAGAGUAAGUAUAUUGUACAUAGCACCAUCAAAGUGUAUGUUCCUAAUUUGAACGCCAAACAAAUAUAUAUUUAACAGCGUAAACACAA